AUGUGGGCGGGAGGGCUGGCGGUCGCGCUAGGCCCGGUUGGGGCUAGCGCGCAGUCUCCGCGCAAGAAAUCGCUUUUCAUGCAAAGAUCGGAAGACACUCGUUCCUCUCUUACAGCUGCUGUUGCCGCGUCGUGCUAUUCCCCUCAACCUUGGAUCUCUCCUGGACCGAUGGCGUCCUUCCUGCAGGCCCGUCCCGUCUGCUCGGCCGUUCGCAAGCAGUCGACGGUUCUACCUACCUAUCUUCAAAAUGCUUCGCAGUCCAUUGCUUCUACUUCAAGGACAUGUAGCUCAUUCUCUACACUAUCUUCAUCCUCUAGAUUGAUCAAUUCUCAACAUCCCCUCCGGUCCCUCCAACGCUUCAGUCCCCGCUCCGCAGCCCCUACACAGCAAUGCCGGACCUUCCUGGUACAAUUAAACCGCCAGUCCCAGACCCUGAAAGAGAACACCCCUUCGACCACUACACCCCUCCCAUCAUCGGCCAAUUUGCAACUCACAAAUCUUCCUUACUUCAUUCGUCGUACUGCCUCGAACCAACUUCCAGUUUACCUGGUCACCAAGGCCGGUGGUACCAAGCAGCAGACUAAGAUACAGAAGACCGAAGGUGACCUGGAUGCUUUAAGGAACGACCUUGCACAGUAUCUGGGUCUUGAAUCCGGCGAGCCUCGCUCUCCCAAGAGUUCAGACAUCACAAUCAACCGUCUUAAUGGACACAUCAUUGUCAAGGGCUGGCGAAAGCCUGAGAUUCAGAAAUUCCUUUUGGAGCGUAAUUUUUAGAAGAUUGAAGAUCAAAAAAGUCCUGGAUAUGAGUAAUUUGCAUGUUCCUCUCCAUUGUCCUCCACUAUCCGCUCGAUCAACGACUUCCCUAUCCAUCUUCCAGGCAAAAGUUUGAACCAGAAGGUUAUAUGUCGAAUCCGCCACAGGGCACACGGACACUCAAGUCUGCCGAAAUCAAUCAUGUACAAGUGGAAAGUAGACUGGAGAGAAUACCGGCAGCAGACAUCUGACCGAGAAGGUCUUUGCUCACCAUCGGCGGAGGAUGGUCCCAUUAACUUUCUACUGCACCCCUUUCCU